AUGCUUGAAUCAAAAUCGAACCAAUACAAGCUUGAGUUUCUUAAAGCCGCACUAGAAGGCCAGGUCUUGAAGUUUGGCACCUACAAGUUGAAAUCUGGUCGAGCGUCUCCAUACUUCUUUAAUGCAGGAGAGUUUCACAGAGCAGACCUGCUUCGCGCCCUCUCAACGGCCUUCGCACUGACAAUCUUGGACGCUUGCUCAUCAGGCCCUCUUCCGGAGUUUGACAUAAUUUUUGGCCCCGCCUACAAGGGAAUCCCUCUUGCAACUGCCACCGUAGCCCGACUAGCAGAGUUAGAUCCAGUCAAAUACAGUAAAAUUUGCUACAGUUUUGAUCGUAAAGAGGCGAAGGACCAUGGAGAGGGCAAAAUUAUAGUUGGUGCGCCACUGAAAGGCAAGAGGGUUUUGAUUGUCGACGAUGUUGUCACGGCAGGCACCGCCAAGCGGGAAGCAAUCGCGAGGAUUAGACAAGAGGGCGGCCAUGUCGUCGGAAUUGUGGUUGCUCUGGACCGUAUGGAGAAGAUUGCGGCUUCCAACGGCGAUGAAGACCUGCUGAUGCCGAGUGCGAUUGGUCAACUCAAGAAAGAGUACGAUAUACCAAUUUUGGCGAUUCUUACACUCGAAGACAUAAUUGACGGGCUCGGAUGUAUGGGAAUGCAGCAAGAGCUAGCUCAGAUGCAAGAGUAUGGAAGAAAGUAUCAAGCUACCGACUAG